AUCGGAUGAGAUCCAGUGUACCAUAAAUUGUGUCCCACUCCAUGUCCCAUUAAUAAAACUACGUAGUUUUAAGUAUAACUUUAAAAUACAUAUAUUUGCGUCUGAAAAUUCGGCUUGGCUUAACGGCUUGGCGAAUCUUCUCCAUUCACGGAUAGAUAUGCUUCAACUGGAUUCGAAGGAAAUUUUCCGAAUUUCCGGCGAAAAUCAUCAAGCCAUGGAAAUCAGAUAUUCUUUCUCGUCCCAAUUCAUUCGUUCUCCUACUCUGAAUUUAGUUUUAAUAUCUUUCUCCAACUCUUUUCUCUCGCCAAUUAUUUUUGCGGCACGCCGACGGAGACGACAAUCGAAAUCACGCCAGCCAAAGCAAACAUUACCAUGGAAAGUGAAUCAAUAUCUUGUCGUCGCUUGAGUUUUGAAGAUGUUAAUGAAGAACAUAUUCAGCAUGUCAAUGAUAAGAUUGAUGACCAGAACAAUAAUCAGUUGGCCAUUGCUACAAGUAUGUUCAACGUGGAAGAUAUUCCAAAAAUUGGGAUGAGCUUUGACACUGAACAAGAAGCUUAUGACUUUUAUUUAAAGUAUUCAAAACGUGUGGGUUUUGGUAUAAGAAAGAGCAAAAGUCAUAAUGACAAAUUUGGUCAGUUAGUGGACAGAAUUUUUUGUUGUAGUGCUCAAGGAAAAAGGAUGAAUGAGAAGCAUGAUAUUUAUGUGAAGAAGAUUCGUCCAGAGACUAGAUUUGAUUGUCAAGCUAAAAUGAAAGUUAGCAGUCGAGAAACUGGAAAGUUUCGUGUGGUUCAGUUUGUUGAAGACCAUAAUCAUUAUCUCUCAAGUCCGAAUAAAACACACCUACAUAGAUGUCACAGAAAGAUUGCUCCUUCUGCAGCAUUACAAAUUCAAAUGCAAAUGAUGUUGGCAUCACACCUAAAGCAUCCCAUGAUCUUAUGGUGAGACAAGUAGGGGGAAGAGAGAAUUUGGGCUUCAUUCCUCUAGAUUACAGAAACUAUUUGCGAUCCAAAAGAACAAGAGAUACAAGAAUAGGGGAUACAGGAGGAGUAUUAGAAUAUUUGCAGAAGAUGCAAUUUGAUGAUCCAAAUUUUUUCUAUGCCAUUCAAGUUGAUGAAGAUGAUUUGAUAACUAAUAUUUUUUGGUCUGAUGCAAAGAUGAAAGCAGAUUACUCAAAUUUCGGUGAUGUGGUUUGUUUUGAUACAACCUACAGGAAAAAUAAUGAAGGUCGUCCCAUUGCAUUAUUUGUAGGUGUAAAUCAUCACAAACAAACUGUGAUUUUUGGAGCUGCACUGUUAUACGAUGAAACGGCUUUGACAUUUGAGUGGUUGUUUGAUACAUUCACUAGAGCUAUGCGUGAGAAAAGACCGAUAACUAUUUUGACAGAUCAAGAUGCAGCAAUGGCUAAGGCGUUAGCUUCUAUAUGGCCUGAAACUCAUCAUCGUUUAUGUCUUUAGCACAUUUUUCAAAAUGCUGCAAUUCAUUUGAGUAGUGUCUUUUCCCAGUUCAAAGACUUCGCUAAAGACUUUGGAGCAUGUGUUUAUGAUUUUGAAGAAGAAGAUGAGUUUAUUGCAGCAUGGGACCGAAUGUUGGAUAAGUAUGCACUUAAAGAAAAUGAUUGGUUGAAGCGUUUGUUUAAUUUGAAGGAAAAAUGGGCUUUAGUCUAUGGACGACAAAUGUUUUGUGCUGACAUGACUACCACCCAAAGGAGUGAGAGUGUGAACAGUGUUGUUAAGAGAUAUGUAAAUUACAAGCACAAGUUUCUAGAAUUUUUUAAGCACUUCCAGAGACUUCUUGAUGACCGUCGAUAUGAGGAGAUAAAAGCCGAUUUUAAAGCAAGUACAAGUGUUCCACAUUUGACGUAUCCUGUUCAGAUUUUAAAGCAGGCAGCAGGCAUUUAUACCCCUGAGGUAUACAAAAUCUUUGAACAAGAGUGGUAUAAAGCUCAUGAUUGUAGUGUGGAAUGCUCUGAUGAUGGGGGAUUACAAGUGAGUUACAAAAUUACUCCUUAUAACAAGAGCCAUCACCAUAUAGUUGCAUUUGAUUCAUCGAGUGGAAAGGCUAAUUGUAGUUGCAGAAAAUUUGAAUUUGCCGGGAUUUUAUGUUCUCAUAUUUUGAAGGUAUUCACAAUGAAAAGCAUUACGAAUAUCCCAGGAGAAUAUAUCCUAAAAAGGUGGACGCGGAAAGCAAAAGUUGGAUUUAUUGGAGAUUCGAAUCUUAACACCUGCAACUUAGAUCCAAAAAUGCUUCAGAAUGUGCGAUAUAAAGAAUUGUGUGGAUUGUAUGUUCAAUUGGUUACAAAAGCAUCAGAGAAUGAAGACACAUAUAGACUUGUGAAAGAUGGAAUUUUGAAGAUGUUUGAUAUAGUGGAUGACAGGUUGCAAAGUAUAAAAUCAACUGAUAACCAAGUACAUGGUAAAGAGUUUGACAAGCAUUCAGUGACUGAGGAUGAGCUACAUACUAAAGAAAAAAACAAUUCUGGAGCCAAAGGUAUAAAAUCGAAGCACAAGACAACUUCAGGCAAGAGACCAAGAGGUGGCUUGGAGAAAGCUUCACAGAAAAGAAGAGGAAGAGGAGGAAAAAUCCUACCUUCAAUUGCUCCCACAAGUUCAUCUCCAUUGUUAUCUUCUAAUUUUGAGGGUGGAGAAAAAAAUCUUAACACUACUUCAGUUGUAUCUGCUAUACCAUAUCAAAGACCCAACACAUUUGAGGAAUUCUAUGCAAGUUCAAGCCAACAAAGUUUGGGUGAACUCUCAUUUCCUAUGAACAUGACAAGCUUAUUAUUGGCACAACAACCACUUAACUUUGGAUCUUUAGGAACAAAGAACUCGCAGCAAAAUGAAUAAUUUAAGAUCAGAUGAGUUUAUGUUUGAUUUACUGAUCUGAUGUGUGUAGAAGAGUGGAAGGGCAUCUGCUUUCUACAUUUGUGUAUUUGUGAUCAGUUUUCUAUUUCCCUUCUAAUUUUUUGUUCUUUUAGAUGAUAAAUUAUGGAGUAUUAUUUUUGAGUUUCCCUUUAAGAGUGAUUAAAGUUAGAAAUGUCUUGAAACUUGUAUACUGCUUGGUGGUGCUUUUGGUCAGCUUAUUGAAUAUUACAUAUAUUUAUUUAUAAUAUUUGUAUCAUGGAUGCUUAUGAUUUUUAGUGUUCUCACGUAGCAUUAUCUUUCUUGGAUUAGACUUUGUGCACGUGGGGCUUAUUUAUCUUUCAUUGAUCUUGAUUUUGGUGUAUCAUCUUGAGUUGUUGCAGACCACUGUUUCAAAUAACAAAAUCCAAAGUAAAAUAAAAUUAUUAAAGAAGUAGAGCUAUAGAUGAACCUUGAGCAUUUUUUUUGCUGUUGUUGCUUUAGGUUCCUUAAGUAUAGCUUAUGGAGUUGGGAAUUCAAAUACUUUAUAUUCCUUGAUUUCUUAUAGCAUUAUAUGCUUCAUCGAAAGGUGUAUCAUGGAUGUUAGCUUCCAACUUAAAUGUGAUUUGGCAUUUAGUAAAGAUUUGUAUAAGGCAAUAUAAGAAACAACCAUAGUGAUGUCAUCAAGCUUCCCACCAUAAUAGCAGAAACCAGCUUCUUGUGCUGCAGCAGAGAAAUGAGUCUGCCUUUUUUUGUCCUGUGCUCGUUUCCGUGCCAAUGUUGCUAUUUUCUGUGCAGUUACCUGAGGCCCUAAACCAGCUCUCGUAGCAUGAACUACAACAGCAGUAAUGUCAUUGUUAUAUAAAUUGUCGAAAAGCCCAUCAGUCUCAGCUAUUAUCACAUCUCCUGGAGGAGGUAUUGAUACACAUUUGCCAAGUUCAAAUUGCUAUUUGUUGUAGUAGGAAUGAUAAACUUAGGAGAAUGCUACAAAGUUGAGCUCUAGAGUAGUUGAUGAGAUUGAUGUUUGUAAUGUUCUUGUUUUGUCACGCAAAUGAUAAUAAA